AUGGAGAACUAGCAUCAAUUCAUAGUACUUUUGUUAGGAGAUUGCAAUACUGGGAAAUCAACCAUAGUUGGGAGGUAUUUAGAGAACAAAUUGGUUGACCCGUAACCAACAGUUGGAGUAGUUAAAAGGGAAACCUAAAUCGAUAUCGGUAAUGGAAAUUAGAAAGCUCAAAUCUAUGAUACAUCUGGGAGUGAAAAAUUUAGAGCUUAAGUUUUGGGUGAAUUCAAGAAUGCAUCAGCUGUUGUGUUGGUUUAUGAUAUCACUGAUUAUCAGAGCUUUUAAAAUGUCUAGACUCUACAGAAAGGUAUUUAGCAGAUUUAUUGCGAAUUAGAGGUCAUAAGAUAGAAUCCAAAUGUAGAUUAUUGGAUAGUUGUGGGGAACAAGUUGGAUUUGAAAGAACAAAGAAAAGUCCAUAUCGAUGAGGGAAAGAAGUUUGCUUCGUAGAUUGGGGCUAGAUACAUUGAAUGUUCAGCUUAGCAACCUAGCAAUAUCAAUUUGAUAUUCUUAACUAUCUAACAAUGGACUUAGAUUAAUAUUUAACCGAAAUAUGUCCCGGAGUAAACUCAAAGGCUUCUUGAGAAAUUGAAUAAUGAUGAAUAACAAAAGCAAUUGUAGACUUCUUCUUCAAAAAACAAUUAAACCAAAUUCAAAAAUAAGAAUACAAGUUUCUCUUUGAUUUAGAACAAUACAAAUAAUGUAGUUUCCUCUUCAUUUGAUGAUCAAUAAAGUUCGUUUAAUGGGGAUAGCAUGUAAGAUUAUUUUGCUUAAUUAUUGAAAAAAACAGAUAUGUAGACUCAAAAAUUAGCUGAUGUGAUUGUAGAAGAAGCAUAAGAUAAUGUGAUUUCAUCUUUGAGAUAAUAAACCCUGGCAAUAUCAAACUCCAAACCUUUAUAUAUUCUCGAUGAUGCCAAUGCCCAAUUAUAAGAAAAAAAUGAAGAUAAAAUAUCAAUGAUGAAAAAGAAACAUAAAUAAUUAGAUAAAUUAAGAAAAGAAAUAGCAUAGAACUUGUUACUUGUGCAGGAACAAAGGAAGAAGCUCACGACUGACUAAGUCAUAGAGAAUACUUAAACUUAAAAGUUAGAGAAGGAAUUGCAAAAGAGAUUAUUGAGUGUAGAACGAAAUAUGGAUUUCUUGAAAACAGACAUCUUACUCACUUAAAAAACUUAGAAGUUUAGCACUAAUAAGAAUAAUUUUAUGUCAAAUGACUAAUCACAAAUCCUCAAAUAACAUAUUAAUUAAAUUCAUAAUCCUGAACAUAUUAAGGAGUAGAAUGAAUAAAUUGCCAAAAUUAAAAACGAAAGGAAGAAACUGGAGGAAUAAAGAAAUCAUAGAUAUAAAUAGUAUAUUGAUAAUUUAGAAGCUCUAUAAAAGUAAGAAAAAGAAAUGAGGUUAAAGAACGAAUAAGAUUUAAUUCAAAAGAGAAAAGAAAAAGCUAUGUAGAAUAUAGCUUCAAUGGAUAAAAUCAGACAGGAAAGAUCCUAAUAAAUGAUUAAGCAAAAUGAAUAGGUUAAAUAAAUUAUUGGAGCAACACCUCUGCAUGUUAAAUUGGAAAAUAUAUUCUAAGAAAAGAAUAACAAUUCUUAAUUAGAGGAACACAAAUUAAAAUUGAAAUAAAUCAGAGAUCUGCAUUAACCUAUUAGAAUGAAUGAUCUAAAAUAAUGGGAAGAAAAUUACGAUAAGAGGAGGAAAUCAUAAGAGGAGAUAAGAAACUAAAAAAUCCAAUAAAAUAACCAAGUAUCUUAUCAACCUUCUUAUGAAUCCUCUAUUUAUAGAUAAGUAAAAGAGUAAUAAUGUAAAUAAUUGAAGGAGAAGGAAUUAAGUCACAAAGAAUACCUAUCAAAGUAAUAAGCUAAAUAAGAAUUUUUAAAUAAACUCAAGGAUUAUCUUCCUUCUAUUAGUCCUGAAAAGUAAUAGGAAUUAGAACAAAUCAUUAAUAAAGCACAUCAUAAAAUCAAUUUCUAUGAAUUCAUUGAGAUGACGAAAAAAAUUAAAUUAAAAGGAGUGUUUUUUGAUAAAGAUGGAAAAAUUCUAGAAAGAAAUGUUGAUGAAGAAUAUUAUGAGAAAAUAAAAGAAAACGAAAGGAAUGAAGAAGAAAGUGCUAAAACAAUAGGAAAUAAGUAUCUAAAUGAAGUAAGGAGAUUUAUCAAAAAGCCAAGUUAACAUGAAAGUGUUGAUAAAUUAUAAAGUCAAUCUAAUCCACAAUAGGGUUACUAAUAAGCUGUUAGAAAUCCUAAGUAAAAUAAAUUGAAUGAAAUCAAAUCUCAUUGGAAAUUAAAACCAAAAGUGGUUUUUGAAGAAACUGAUCUUGAAAAAAUCAUUGAUGGUAAUGAAGUGGCUGGGUUCUCAAAUCAUCAUGUUAUGCAGGAGGCAAAUAAACUGGCAUCUGAAGCAGUCAGAAAAAUAUAGAUUAUAGAGGCGAAGGGAGAAGGGAAAGAAUGCUUUAAAGAUAUAGAAUCAGCAGAUAAAUUGUUAAUUAAUUCCAUUAAGUUUUAGGCUAAGCUAUCUUUAAUGGAUAAGGAAGUCAAAUCUGAAAAUAGAGGUAUUGAAAUAUCUUCUAACAAGAAGAGAGGAAGAAGUAAUACUAAAUAGCGUUUAUGA